UGAGGGAGACGUGUAUAAGUAGUGGUGAGUUUGAAGAAGUUAUGACAAUAGCUGGAAACGGAAACACACAAGCCACAGGUUUUUGGCUCAGGAUGACUUCCUGUUUGUUUUCCCUCUUCUUCUUGGUCUCCCUGUUUCCCUUCAUCACUGCCGACAAUCUGACGGGCAUCAAAGUGCGAAUCACAAACGAAGGACUGGCUGCUUUGAAGGAUUUUGCUCUCACGUUUUUGGAUGAGCUGAUUAACAAACCCCAAGACUUUGUAUGGACACGGGCAAUUGGAGAAUGCAGCAUCAAAGGAUUGACAUUAACUAAUCUGACAGUGGAUCCAGCUCAAAUCGUUGUUGGUGUUGAGAAUUCUGGUCCCCAGUUUGAAAUCAAGGACCUGCAUUUCACCGCGGAACUUGGGACAGAAGUGAAUCUGUGUUUAUUUGGCAAUAUUUACAGCAACACCAUUGCCUUUGAAGGAAGCGGCGUGAGCACCAAGAUUGGAGUGAGACUGAUCCGAACCCAGCAAGGACGUUUGAAUGUUGAGCUUCCGGACUGUCAAGUCAGUGCUGAAAACAUUGCCACAAGCUCCAAUGGGAUAUCAGGGGCUGUUUUGGACACAUCUGUAGCACUUUUCCAUCAAUUCUUCAUCAGACAGCUCUGUACUUUGGUCCGGAGAUAUGCUGUGCCUAAAGUCAACACCAUGUUGGGGAACUUCAUCAUGGUGCAGAACUUUAAGAGCGAGAACUACAGCAUCGACCUCAACUUUGACUACACUCUGAGCGAAGACAUCACAGUGACCUCCAGCAGCAUUGACGUGUCUUUCAAAGCUUUGGUGUAUAGUCAGGGGAAGACUGUGGACAUGGCAUCAUUAAGGACAGGUACAAAUCCAGUUUUCAGCAAAAGUGACAGGAUGGUUAAUGUGGGCAUCUCUGAGUCCGUCUUCAACAGUGCCGGCAUGUCACUCUACGACUCAGGACCCAUUAACGCCACCAUCCCAGGGCUGAAGGGUGCUUUUACUUUGGAGCUCACUGAGGCGCCGCACAUCACCGUGAGUCACAAAGGAUUCUUUGUCAACAUGAAUGCCACAGCCCAGUCUCUGGAAAAACCAUCUCAAGAACCUCAUUCAAUUAGCUGUCAGGCUAACAUGAAGAUCGAUAUCAAGAGAAGCAAAUUGGUUCUUCUCUCUAAAGACAUUAAUUGUAAAGCUAAUAGCUGGGUUGCAACAAUUCUGAUCAAAUUUGGGAGCGGUACCCUAACCCUCUUUAAGUGGUUUAGUGUUGGACUACCCCUCCCUCUACCUAAAGGUGUGGAAAUCACUCAUGAAAAGAUCAACUAUUAUGACGGCUUCAUAGUGAUUGAGGGGGACCUGAACGUAACUCCAGUUACAGAGUAAUAAAUGUGAGCGUCCAGCUUGACCAGGAUCGCUCUGCUCUUGUGAAACUCAUUAUGAGGCUUGGAUCUGCCUCUUUCUCUGUAAUAAAAAGCUUCAGACUUCA